ACCUCCUUUUGAAUUAUUCGACAAGAUAAUAUAUUAUUGACCCUUUUCUAUGAUCAACAAUGACGCUCAACAAAAAAAUGAGUGGAUUCAAGAUAUUUUUAUGAAAGUGGGUACUUUUAACAUGUUACUUAUCAAAGUUGGGUAAUUAUAAUUUUCACCUGAAUUAAUUUUAAUUUUAUUUUACCAAUACACAUACUAUAAUCAAUUUAUACGUACAUACGGCUGAAAUUAAAACAUCACAGAUGCAGAAGAGCUGCCCACUCGCUCUCCCCUAUAUUAACAGCUUCCACACACUAAUCAGCCUCAAUUCUUCUUAUUUCUUCCUAUUUUCCGAGCUCUCUUGUCUCAUACGCUACCACCGCCGGCACCGCCGCUGCCAUGGUUCUCUCAAAGACCGCCUCUGAAUCCGACGUCUCAGUCCACUCGACUUUUGGUUCGCGUUAUGUUCGCCACUCUCUCCCCAGGUUUAAGAUGUCGGAAGAAUCGAUCCCGAAGGAAGCGGCGUACCAGAUCAUCAACGACGAGCUGAUGCUCGACGGAAAUCCGAGGCUGAAUCUGGCCUCCUUCGUCACCACGUGGAUGGAGCCAGAGUGCGACAAGCUAGUUAUGGCCUCCAUUAACAAAAACUACGUCGACAUGGAUGAAUACCCCGUCACCACCGAGUUACAGAAUCGGUGCGUGAACAUGAUCGCGCAUCUAUUCAACGCGCCACUAGGAGAUGACGAGACGGCGGUAGGAGUGGGAACCGUGGGAUCGUCGGAAGCCAUCAUGUUGGCCGGUCUGGCAUUCAAGAGGAAAUGGCAGAACAAGAUGAAAGCGCUGGGGAAACCCCACGACAAGCCCAACAUUGUCACCGGCGCCAAUGUUCAAGUCUGUUGGGAGAAAUUCGCCAGAUAUUUCGAAGUGGAGCUCAAGGAGGUCAAACUAAGGGAGGGAUACUACGUGAUGGACCCCGAAAAGGCCGUCGAGUUGGUCGACGAGAACACUAUCUGUGUUGCUGCCAUCUUGGGCUCUACCCUCAACGGUGAAUUCGAGGACGUCAAGCGUCUCAACGACCUCUUGAUUGAGAAGAACAAACAAACAGGGUGGGACACCCCCAUUCAUGUGGAUGCUGCUAGUGGUGGGUUUAUUGCUCCAUUUUUGUACCCAGAAUUGGAGUGGGAUUUUAGAUUGCCGCUGGUGAAGAGUAUCAAUGUGAGCGGCCACAAAUACGGGUUGGUGUAUGCGGGUAUCGGGUGGGCCAUUUGGAGGACCAAAGAGGACUUGCCUGAUGAGCUCAUCUUUCACAUUAAUUAUCUCGGAUCGGAUCAACCCACUUUCACCCUCAACUUCUCCAAAGGGUCCAGUCAAAUCAUUGCUCAAUACUAUCAGUUCAUUCGUUUGGGUCAUGAGGGGUACCGCAACAUCAUGGAAAACUGUCAAGAAAAUGCGAUGGUACUAAAAAAUGGCCUCGAGAAAACAGAGCGCUUCACCAUUGUGUCCAAGGACCACGGCGUCCCACUUGUGGCGUUCAGCCUCAAGGACCACAGCCGCCACAACGAGUUCGAGAUCUCUGAAAUGUUGCGCCGCUAUGGGUGGAUCGUCCCCGCCUACACAAUGCCAGCAGAUGCGCAACACAUCACAGUGUUGCGUGUUGUUAUCCGCGAGGACUUCUCGCGGACUCUAGCUGAGAGGCUCGUUAUCGACAUCGAGAAGGUUAUGCACGAGCUCGACACGAUUCCGUCUAGGGUCAGUGAAAAGCUCGCCACGGACGACAAACAUGCUGUUGUGGUCAAGAAGACUGCCCUUGAAGUGCAGAAGGAGAUCACCGAUGCUUGGAGGAAAAUGGUUGCUGACAGGAAAAAGACUAACGGGGUUUGCUAAGCUACUUUGUUAAUUCUUGAAUUUUUACCCCAAAAAUUAGGUGAAUUGCUACUUGUUUGGAGCAUUAUUAAGUUGAACCUUACGUGUGGUAUAUUUUAGCCAGCUUUAUUUGUGUUUUAAUAUUUUAUCUGUGGGGUUGUGAUAUUUCAGAUAUUUCAGUACUGUAAGAAUGUAUUAUGAGAACUUAGUGUUUAAUGUGUCAUCUUGUAAAA